UUUGUGUGUGUGUUAUAGGUGUGUAAUUGUUUGUGCGUGUGUAGUUGGUGUGUUGAUUGUGUUUUUGUGUGUGUCCACAGAGGAGAAGACAACAGGACGUCGUCGAUCCACAACCAGGAGAAAAUCCAACACAAACCCUGACCCCGACCUGCUCCGCCUCAGUCCAGAACCUGAACCUCACCCUGACCCCGACCUGCUCCGCCUCAGUCCAGAACCUGAACCUCACCCUGACCCCGACCUGCUCCGCCUCAGUCCAGAACCUGAACCUCACCCUGACCCCGACCUGCUCCGCCUCAGUCCAGAACCUGAACCUCACCCUGACCCCGACCUGCUCCGCCUCAGUCCAGAACCUGAACCUCACCCUGACCCCGACCUGCUCCGCCUCAGUCCAGAACCUGAACCUCACCCUGACCCCGACCUGCUCCGCCUCAGUCCAGAACCUGAACCUCACCCUGACCCCGACCUGCUCCGCCUAAGUCCAGAAACUGAACAUGAAACUCACCCUGACCCCCCAGUCCCAAAAUCCAGCCAAGAACUUUGUCCCAGUGCUGAGGCUCCUGGCCUGCCCCCCGCACCCAGCCCCCCACCAGCCUCCAGUCCUGGGGAGGAACCUCGAGCCAUCACUUCCCCAUCACAGUCUGAAAACCACAGCCCCACCCCUAGCCCCGCCUUGAGUCCCAUACCAGCCCUGGAUCCCGAUGAGGAGGACCGGCCCUGCUCCAGCCCUGCUCCCAUGGAAGUGGACUGCAGCCCCAGCCCUGUUCCUAUGGAGACAGAAGGGGGCGGGGCUAGUCCCAUGGAGCAGAGCCCCGCCCUGAGUCCGUGUUCAAGUCCUCUGGUCUCCCCAUGCCUACAACUGGAGGAGGAGGACUCGCUGUCCCCUCUUUUCAAGAGGUGUCUGUCAGAGGACUCGGGUGGCUCGCCCACCCCCAGCCUGGGACACACCGAAAAACGGUUGAAGCAGUGUGCCUUCUGUUACCUCGGCAACGAGCCUCCUCUUGGUCAGGGUCGCCUGGUGGUCUUCGGCCCGACGCCGGGUUACAUCCCGCUCCACGUCCUCAACAACCGCGCCUCGCCCGACCGAGACAACGACUGCCACGACCACUGCUACCGCGGCGACCAGGUCCUGCCCACGAGCUGCAGUCCAGAACAGAGCGCAGGCGACGAGUCUUCAGAGUUUUUGGAGCAGCUCGGUCCCAUCGGCCUCCCACAUGACAUCAACGUCCAAUCCCUGUUCGACCCCACAGGUCAGUGCUGUGCUCACCUGCAGUGUGCCGCCUGGUCCGAGGGGGUGUGUCGUGGCGAGGGCGAAUCGCUGCUCUACGUGGACAAAGCCAUCGACUCAGGAAGCACACAGGUGUGUGCAUUCUGUUGUCGGCUCGGAGCAUCGCUGCGUUGCCGGGAGACGGGCUGUGGGAGGAGCUACCACUUCCCCUGUGCCGCUGUUGCUGGAGCUCACCAAGACUGGAGCCAGAGACACACACAGUGUUCCCGACACACACACACAGGGUCUUCUCAGUGUGUGUUGUGUUUGGACGGCGGUGAUGUCGGGGAUCUGUUGAUGUGUUGUUGCUGUGGAAACUGUUACCAUGGCAGUUGCCUGGACCCCCCUCUCACCCCCUCCCUCCUGUGCCGGGCAGGAUGGCAGUGUCCUCAGUGUCGAGUGUGUCAGAGUUGCAGGCUGCGAGGGGAUGACGUUGUGUUGCUGGUGUGUGAACGCUGUGAUAAAGCGUACCACACACACUGCCUCACACCAUCUCUCGAUCACACGCCGAGCGCUGGCUGGAGCUGCAGGAACUGCAGAAUCUGCCGCUGCUGUGGUGUAAGGUCUUCAGGCCAGUGGGCAAAUCACCCGUUCCUGUGCGAGUCAUGUGACCCGGCCCUGCCCUGCCCUCUCUGUGACCAAGCCCCUGACCUCUACACACCACAGGACUAUCUGACUUGUAUCAGCUGCUAUAGGUGUGUCCACACGGCGUGCAUUGUCCAGGCGGGGAAGGGCAGGGCGGGGUCAGAAGAUUACGUCUGCUCCACCUGCAGGCCUCAGGAGGAGGAACUAAUCGCGCACACUCCAACCCCACACAGUCCUGCCCUGGCUGUGCAAAGCCCCACACAGGCACCAACAAUAAGCAUUUCACAGCCAUCAAGUCCAAGUCACACAGAGGCUCCACCCAUCACAUGUACUGCUCACAGCCCGGUCCGACUCACCUGUUCAGGGUCCCCACAGAGUCCCACCAAGACCUUCUGUGAACAAAUGCAACAAAGCCCUACCCCAUCCCAUCCUGAGCCCCCUCUUAGUCCUGAGCCAUCUCACCCUGAUCCCAAAGAGGUGCACCAAAGUCCUGCUUCAACCCAAGCUGAUCAAACAGCACCCUCACUGACUCCUGCAGGAUCCUUUCCUGAUCAAACAGAGCUUCCAGAGAGUUCAGCACCAUCUCACCCAGAUCCCACAGAACUCCAUGAAAGUCCUGCAUCAUAUCAACCUGAUCAUACAGAGCUCCAACACAGUCCUCCACCAUCUCAGCCUGAUUCCACAGACCUCAAAGAGGGACAUGGCCCACCUCCCACAGAGUCCUCGGAAGUCCCAUCAUAUACUCAUUCUCAUCGAAAAGAGCUGCACCUAUGUCCAUCCUCACUUUGUCCUGAUCCAAAAAAACUUGAAACAUGCCCCUCACCAGCUCCCCUGCAGACUGACCAGCUCCAACAAAGUUCUGCCCAAUUUCAAUCAGAUCCUGCAGAGCUCCAACAAAGUUCUGCCCAGUCUCACCCAUAUCCUGCAGAGCUCCAACAAAGUCCUGCCCAGUCUCACCCAGAUGCUGCAGAGCUCCAACAAAGUCCUGCCCAGUCUCACCCAGAUGCUGCAGAGCUCCAACAAAGUACUGAGGAAUCUCAUCCAGAUCCUAUGGAGCUCCAACAAAGUUCUGCCCAAUCUCAAUCAGAUCCCUCAGAGCUCCAACAAAGUCCUGCCCAAUCUCAGUCAGAUCCCUCAGAGCUCCAACAAAGUCCUGCCCAGUCUCACCCAGAUGCUGCAGAGCUCCAAAAAAGUCCUGCCCAGUCUCACCCAGAUCCUGCAGAGCUCCAACAAAGUCCUGCCCAGUCUCACCCAGAUCCUGCAGAGCUCCAACAAAGUCCUGAGGAAUCUCAUCCAGAUCCUAUGGAACUCCAACAAAGUUCUGCCCAAUCUCAAUCAGAUCCCUCAGAGCUCCAACAAAGUCCUGCCCAGUCUCACCCAGAUCCUGUAGAGCUCCAUCAAAGUCCUGCCCAGUCUCACCCAGAUCCUAUGCAGCUCCAACAAAGUUCUGCCCAAUCUCAAUCAGAUCCCUCAGAGCUCCAACAAAGUCCUGCCCAGUCUCAAUCAGAUCCCUCAGAGCUCCAACAAAGUCCUGCCCAGUCUCACCCAGAUCCUGCAGAGCUCCAACAAAGUGCUGCCCAGUCUCACCCAGAUCCUGCAGAGCUCCAACAAAGUCCUGCCCAGUCUCACCCAGAUCCUGCAGAGCUCCUUAAAAGUCUUGAGGAAUCUCAUCCAGAUCCUAUGGAGCUCCAACAAAGUCCUGCCCAGUCUCACCCAGAUCCUGCAGAGCUCCAACAAAGUCCUGCCCAGUCUCACCCAGAUCCUGCAGAGCUCCAACAAAGUCCUGCCCAGUCUCACCCAGAUCCUGCAGAGCUCCAACAAAGUCCUGCCCAGUCUCACCCAGAUCCUGCAGAGUUCCAACAAAGUCCUGCCCAGUCUCACCCAGAUCCUGCAGAUUCCAACAAAGUCCUGCCCAAUCUCACCCAGAUCCUGCCCAGUCUAACCCAGAUCCUGCAGAGCUCCAACAAAGUCCUGCCCAGUCUCACCCAGAUCCUGCAGAGCUCCAACAAAGUCCUGCCCAGUCUAACCCAGAUCCUGCAGAGCUCCAACAAAGUCCUGCCCAAUCUCAUCCAGAUCCUAUGGAGCUCCAACAAAGUCCUGCCAAUUCGGAACUGGAUCCUGCAGAGCUCCAACAAAAUCCUGCCCAGUCUGACCUGGAUCCUGCAGAGCUCCAACAAAGUCCUGCCCAGUCUCACCCAGAUCCUGCAGAGCUCCAACAAAGUCCUGCCCAAUCUCACCUGGAUCAUUCAAAGCUGCAGGAAACUCCUGGCCAAUCUGACCUUGAUGGUUCAGAUUUCCAACAAAGUCCUUGCCAGUCUCACCCCGAUCCUGCAGAGCUCCAACCAAUUUCUGCCCAGUCUCACCCGGAUCCUUCAGAGAUUCAGGAAAGUCCCGGGACAUCUCUAUCUAAUUCAACAGAACCCCCACAAAGUCCUGUCUAUUCUAAACCUGACCCAACAGGGCUUAAGGAAAAUUCUGGGAUGCCUAAUUAUGACCCAACAGAUCUACCAGAAAGUCCUGCGCCAUCUCAUCCUGACUCCACAGGGCUUCAGGAAACCUUUGGGCUCCUUAACCCUGAUACUGAGGUACAACAGGAAAGCCACAUCUCACCUCACCUGAGUCUAGCAGAGCUUCCGCAAUGCCCCACAAAUUCCGACUCUAGUUCAGCAGAACUACCAAAAAGUCCUUUGCCUUGCCCUCCUAGUCCUUCUGAACUGCAACAAAACUCUCCUCAUGUGACUUCAACACAGGAUCAGCAAAGUCCUGGCCACAUCAGUUGCACUUCCUUGAGCCCUUCCCACAGUUCCACACAGGAUCAGCUUAAAGCCGCAGAGCCUGAGCUGAGUCCCACACUGGAUAGCCAUACACAUUCCCAGCACAGUUUGAACCAGGCAGGUCUUAGUCCCGUCCACGUUGAGACGGUGCCUGUAGAGCCACAAAAGAUCUCCCCACCACAGAGUCCUGUGCAGGACAAUGCUCCACAAACCCAGCUAGACAGCCCAUGUAGUUCUACUCACAUCAUCACCACAGAGCCUCAGCACGGCCCCC